GAAGGAGGUUGAAAAAGAAAAAAACGGAAGUUUUCGUUUCUUCUCAUCAGCGCGAGAAAGAGAGAGCGAAAACUAGAGAUUUGAGAGCUCGAAUUUCACAGUCAUUUAAUGGUGUUUCUCGAUCUGUAAACAAACUCUUAUUUCUUUUUGCUAUCUUUUUAAUUUAUUGAGUCGUAUUUCCUUAUCAACCCUAUUGUUUGGAUCCAUCGUCGGAGGUGCUACCCCUUUAGUUGUAUAUUUACGUUGUGAGUUUUUCUUGGUUUGGUGUUGAUCUCUUUUCGGUUAUUGUUGACAUUGGAUUCGAAACUUAGGGUUUUAAUUUCGAUAGUUAAUUUAUACGUGUGAUUUCGGCUGAAGUUGUUCUCUUUGUUUUCUGAAACCCUACAUUGGUUUUGAUUCGUGGUAAUUAGGGUUCGGGGUUUGGAGAUUGGCUUAUUUAUAAAAUUCAAGUAUGAGCAUCGAUAGCCCCAGGGAAGGGGAAAAUUAGGGUUAAUUCGUGAAGUGUUUGAAUUUCCAUGGGCGAUGGCGGAGUAGCAUGCGUGCCUUCACAGCAUGUAAUGGAAAGAUUCCCAAAUUCAGAUACGUACUGCAGAGGUAAUGGUGGGUUUAAUUCUAAAUCACGUACAUUUCCAGAGUCAUCACAAGCUCAAAGAAAGCAGCAGCAGCAGAAUGAGAAGAAAGUAGAAGUAGAGAAAGAGGAAUUUGGUGGCUCAGAAAGUGGUGGAACAACGACAGGUGAGUUUGAUUCGGGUAAAGGUGAGCAUGAGAAGGGGGAGAUUGUUUCGGAGAUUUCAGCACAGCAAGAAGAUGAAAUAGAAGAAGGUGAAUUGCAAAUAGAGAACGGUGAAUUUAUUCCUGAAAGAGAGAGGAAGAAAGAAGUAGUAGAGAAAGGGGAGUUUGUUAUUCAACAAGCGAAAUGGAGAAGAGGAGAUUUAGAGAGGGCGGAGUUCAUUUCAGACAGUUUUCGAAGAGUUGGUGGGGAAGCGGAGAGGAGAAAAUUUGGCAUGAGUAUUCAGAGGGACGGAUUUGAUAAGGGGGGAGAAUAUGAUAGGGAUAAGUGGAGAAGAGGAGGGGAAUUUGAGAAGGGCGAAUACAUUCCUCCUAAUAAAUGGAGAAAACCUGAAUAUGAAUUUAGUCCAGGUAAAGGGAGAAGAUGGGAAGCUGACAAUAAGAAAGGAUGGAAAUUUGAUAAUGAACGAACUCCACCGUCGAUGAAGUAUUCAGCAGAAUAUAGCAGAAAUGAGAAUGAGUGGAGAAAUAGGUCCAACAGGUGGGACCCAAGUCAUGACAGAGAUUUAAAAUUUGGUUCGAGAAUUACAGAUGAUGAACUGGGUCCUUAUAAGCAUUCAGAGAGUGAUGGGAAGAAUCAUGGUAAAGACUACUCUUCAGGAAGUUGGAUGAAAAGACAUGGCACUGAGUCCGAGAGCAGCAACCGCAGAUACAAUGAUGAUUUCGUUGAUUAUCCAAAUUCCAAGAGCCGGAGGAUUUCUGAUGACAAUAACAGAUAUUUCGACAAUCGCUAUUCACACCAUCCUAUGGACAGGUCUUCUAGAAACUCAUCAGCGUCCUCUCGGAUUUCUUCCACAAACAGGAGUUUGGCUAGGUACAAUGACUCUUCUUCAGCUUUCAGAGGCACAUAUGACAGACGUGGCAGAAGUCCAGAAUAUUUUGAGCGUGGUAAAUAUGAUCGGACCAGGCACUAUGAUUACCGAGAUCAAAGCCCACCCUACUCUGAACGAUCUCCUCAUGAUCGAGGCCGUUACUAUGAUCACAGGAGUCGAAGUCCACCACGAUUGGACAGGUCCCCAUAUGACCGAUCCCGCCAAUAUGAUCGCAGGAGCCGAAGUCCCUCGCGCAUUGAUAGGUCCCCCCAAAUUCGAGGCCGGCAUAUUGAUCAAAGGGAUCGUACUCCAGGUUACACAGAAAAGUCCCCACUUGAACGUGGGAGGGGCUAUGGCGACCAGGAAACUAGUCGAAAGAGUGGAGGAAACGAGAGGCAGAAUCUUCAAGAUGGGACCCAAUCACAUGAAGACAAGCUCGCCUGGAGUGACUCGGCUGGGAAGGAAUCAUCUUAUAAGCCAUCCUCUACUAUACAACCUAGUGAUAGUGAAGAUAGUGAAAGUUGUUUGGCUAAGAAAAACACCAAGGAUCUGUCGCAAGAGGAAGACCCAAAAAAAUUAUCCGUUGAUUCCACUGAAAAGUCUAGUCAGGUGGAUGAAGCUCCUGAAGGGCCGCUGUCUAUGGAAGAGGAUAUGGAUAUAUGUGACACGCCUCCGCAUGUAACAGUAAUUACUGAUUCAACUUUCGGAUCAUGGUUUUAUAUUGAUCAUUUUGGUGUCGAGCAAGGUCCAUCUAGAUUGUCCGACCUUAAGAGGCUCGUGGAAGAGGGAGCGCUCCAAUCAGACCAUUUGGUAAAGCACUCCGAGAGUAACUGGUGGGUAACUGUUGAAAAGGCUGCCUCCCCUGUGGUGAACAUGAACUUUCCAUCUAUUGUUUCAGACACUGUUACUCAGAUGGUGUGCCCGCCUGAGGCUCCUGGAAAUCUGUUAUUAGAUGUUGGGGAUGUGGACCAACCCAUUAGACAGCUUGACCAAGAGUUAUCUGUUGUUUCGCCUCAGCCGCUGUCCCAUCUUGACGAGCCUCUUGAGGAUCUCCACAUCGAUGAAAGGGUUGCAACUCUCUUAACGGGUUAUUCACCAGUUCCCGGAAAGGAACUGGAGACUCUUGAAGAAGCCCUGCAGGUGACUUUUGAGCAUAGUUUCUGGGAGAAGUGGGGAAAUUUUGAAGGUUCCAGAAUAUCUCAACCCACCAAGGAUCCACAUGGUCAAAGAAGAGAUGAAGAACUCAGUAAACCAUAUGGAAUCACAUCGAAAGAUACUGGAGAAACAAGGUCAUCCAUACAUCCCAUUAAAGAAAAUGCCAUUGCCAUUGAGGACGCUAGUGACUGGUUUGCUGGUCGAUGGUUAUGCAAGGGUGGUGAUUGGAGAAGAAAAGAGGAAUUAUGCAAGGGUGGUGAUUGGAGAAAGAAAGAUGAACUUACUCAAGAAAAAUCUUCAAAAAAGAAAUUUGUCCUCAACGAUGGUUACCCGCUUUGCCAGAUGCCGAAAUCUGGGUAUGAUGACCCUCGGUGGCACAGGGAAGAUGAAUACUGUUACCGAAGCGAAAGGUUUGACCUGCCUUCCUGGGCUUUCUCCUUGCAAGAUGAGAAGAGUGACUCCAGCACAUCAACCAAAGUAAGUCAAAUGAAACAGCCUGUUGUUCCAAGAGGAAUUAAAGGAACGAUGUUACCAGUGGUUAGGAUAAAUGCAUGUGUGGUCAAGAACCAUGUUUCACCUGUCUUUGAGCCCCGUGCAACAGCUAGAGGAUAUGAACGUCAUUCCAGAUCUGUUCGAUCCUCCUCAGCAAUGAUCAAUGGCAGGAGUUCGUUUGAAGAACUGUCUUCUCGGUCCAGAAGGACCCAUGAACAAGACUCGGAAAAACAAAUAGAACCUAUUAGCAUCCCAAAAGACCAUGUUUGCACGGCGGAUGAGUUACAAUUGCUGUUGGGUGAUUGGUUUUACCUUGAUGGUGCUGGCCAUGAACACGGGCCCUUGUCCUUUCUGGAGCUGCAAGGUUUAGUUGACAAAGGGACUAUCCAGAAGCAUACAAGUGUUUUCAGGAAGUUUGAUCAGAUUUGGGUUCCAGUUAACUCUGUGGCAGCAGCUUCUACCCCAGCCGUCGAUUCUUCUGCUGUUCCUGUUUCUGGAUCAGAUGUUGAGAUGCAUCAUGGGUCAAACAUUGUUCCCAGUUCUUUCCACAGCUUGCAUCCACAAUUCAUUGGCUACACUCGAGGAAAACUGCAUGAAUUGGUGAUGAAAUCUUACAAGAGUAGGGAUUUUGCUAUAGCUAUCAAUGAGGUGCUGGAUCCAUGGAUAAAUGCGAAGCAACCGAAAAAGGACCUGGAGAAACACCCAUUUGCUUCGUCCUUGCUGAAAACUUCACUAUCUCAUGAUAUGCAGAAGCUGCGAAGUUCAGAGGAUGAUCACGUGCAUGCUGGUAAAAGAGCUCGGCUGCUGUUUGAUGAUAGUGAAGAAGACUUCGAUUCAGAAGACUUAAAGGCAAUUCAGAAGGAUGAGUUCUGCUUUGAGGACUUCCUUGGCGAUGCUACCAUGACCCAAGAAGAUGAUAGAACUUCUGAAGUUGAGAAGGAGGGUUGGGGUUUGUUAAGUGGCCGUAUUCUAAUGCAAAUUUUCCACUCUUUAAGAGCUGAUAUGAAGUCUCUUGCUUUCUCUGCUGCUACAUGCAAGCACUGGAAUUCGGCAGUCAAAUUUUAUAAAGGUGUUUCCAGACAAGUGGAUUUAUCAGCUGCAGGCCCCAACUGCUCUGAUGCAAUGUUUCUUGAGAUCAUGAAUAGUUAUAACAAGGGAAAUGUAGCAUCAGUUGUGUUAGUAGGCUGUACGGGUAUUAGUGCCAGCGCUCUUGAAGAAAUCCUCCGUUCGUUCCCAUGUUUAUCUUAUGUAGAUAUCAGAGGUUGCAACCAAUUUGCAGAGUUGAGCUACAAGUAUCAAAAUCGAAAGUGGAGAAAGACCCGCGGCCUGUGUGGCUCUAAAACUUUCGACAGUUCCAGAUCUAGGAUUAAGAGCCUGAAACAAAUCACUGAGAAGAGCCCCUCUCUUUCCAAGGCGCUCAAGGGCCCGAAUAGUAGCUUGGUCGAAUCUUCUAUAGAGUCUCGUCAUGACUCUGCUUUUGAUAGAAAAGAUUCGCAAAGUCAAUCUUUUAGGCAAAGCUUUUAUAGACGGAAAAAACUUCUUGAUGCAAGGAAGUCCUCAUCCGUAUUGGCAAGGGAAGCUCGUAUGAGGCGAUUACUGAGCAGAAAUUCCGAGAACGGGUAUAAGAAAAUGGAAGAGUUUUUGACUUUCAGUUUGAAGGAUAUCAUGAAGGAGAAUACUUUUGAUUUCUUUUUACCUAAGGUUGCUGAAAUUGAAGAUAGAAUGAAAAACGGUCAUUACAUUAGUCAUGGAUUAAAAUCUGUCAAGGAUGAUAUUGGGCGAAUGGUCAGGGAUGCCAUCAAGGCGAAAAAUCGGGGUGAUACUGGAGAUAUGGAGAACAUCAUUAAGCUAUUUAUGCGUCUCCUCACAAAUUUGGAAGAGAAUUCCAAGUCAACUCGCGAAAGAGAUGAACGGAUGAAACUGUUAAAAGACACUUCAGGGAUGGGUAAAACGAAACACUCUAAAUUGAUGAAUGAAAGAAAAUGCAUGACACGGAGUAAUGGUACAGCGCAUGCAAAUGAUUCUGCAAAUUAUGAUGAAUAUGCUUCUGACAGGGAACUCAGAAGACGUUUGUCCAAAAUCAAUAGGAAAACUUUAGACUCUGGAAGUGACACUUCCGAUGACCGGUCGUCUGUAGAUGCCAGGAGUGAUAAUGAGAGUACCAACUCCGAUACUGAAACAGAUUUGGAUAUCCAUCCAGAAGGCGGAAGUGGAGGUUUAAGGGAAAAUGGUUACUUCCCUGCAGACGAAGCCCUAGAUUCUAUGGCAGAAGACCGUGAAUGGGGUAAUCGUAUGACAAAAGAAGGCCUCGUGCCUCCUGUUACUAGGAAGUAUGAAGUCAUUGAUCGGUAUGUUAUUGUAGCAGAUGAAGAGGAAGUACGACGGAAGAUGCUUGUUACCUUACCUGAUGAUUAUUCUGAGAAGCUCAAAGUACAAAAAGAUGGCAUUGACGAGUCAGAUAUGGAGAUUCCCGAAGUGAAGGACUACAAACCAAGAAAACAGGUUGGAGAUGAAGUCCUAGAACAAGAGGUUUAUGGUAUAGAUCCUUACACUCAUAAUCUUCUUCUUGACUCCAUGCCUGAAGAAUUGAACUGGUCAUUACAAGAGAGGCAUUUGUUUAUCGAAGAUGUGCUUCUGCGUACCUUGAAUACACAAGUCAGGCGCUUUACUGGUGUUGGGAAUGCCCCAAUGGUUUACAACUUGAGGCCUGUCGUUGAAGAGAUUGAAAAAUUUGCCCAGAAAGGUGGCGAUAUACGCUCCAUGAGAAUGUGUCAUGGAAUUCUAAAGGCAAUGCAUAGUCGUCCUGAUGAUAAUUAUGUCGCCUACAGAAAGGGGCUUGGUGUUGUUUGUAACAAACAAGGUGGCUUUGGUGAAGACGAUUUUGUCGUUGAAUUCUUGGGAGAGGUGUAUCCAGCUUGGAAAUGGUUCGAAAAGCAAGAUGGGAUUCGAUCUCUGCAGAAGAACAAAACAGAUCCCGCUCCCGAGUUUUACAACAUAUAUCUGGAGAGACCAAAGGGUGAUCGUGAUGGUUAUGAUUUAGUUGUUGUUGAUGCCAUGCAUAAAGCAAACUAUGCAAGCCGAAUCUGCCAUUCAUGUCGCCCCAAUUGUGAAGCGAAAGUAACUGCUGUAGAUGGUCAGUAUCAGAUUGGAGUUUACACAGUUCGUCCAAUUGGAUAUGGGGAGGAGGUCACUUUUGAUUAUAAUUCUGUAACAGAGAGCAAGGAAGAGCAUGAAGCCUCUGUUUGUCUUUGUGGGAGCCAAGUUUGUCGCGGAAGCUAUCUGAAUCUGACUGGUGAUGGGGCAUUUCAGAAGGUUAUGAAAGAACGCCAUGGAGUGCUUGACAGACAUCAGUUGAUGCUAGUGGCUUGUGAGUUGAAUUCUGUUUCUGAAGAGGAUUAUAUCGAUUUGGGAAGAGCGGGUCUGGGCAACUGCUUGCUUGCUGGUUUGCCUGACUGGCUGGUAGCAUAUUCAGCUCGUCUGGUGAGAUUUAUUAAUCUCGAAAGAGCGAAACUCCCAAAGCAGAUUUAUAAGCAUAACGUGGAAGAGAAGAGGAAAUUCUUUCCAGAUAUCGAAAUUGACAAAGAGCUCGAGAAAAGUGAUGCCGAGGUUCAGGCUGAGGGUGUAUAUAAUCAAAGGCUUCAGAAUUUGGCUCUAACUAUUGACAAGGUGAGAUACGUAAUGAGAUGUGUGUUUGGUGAUGCGAAGAAAGCUCCACCCCCGCUUCAAAAACUAACUCCAGAGGAAAUAAUAUAUGCCCUCUGGAAAGGGGAGGGAUCAUUUGUUGAGGAAUUACUUCAGUGCAUGGGUCCUCAUGUGGAAGAGAAUUUGUUAAAUGAUUUAAUGUCCAAGAUUCAAGCCCACGAUCCAUCAGGUUCUGAUGAUCUCCUGGGAGAACUUCAGAAGUCUCUGUUAUGGCUGAGGGAUGAGGUUCGAAAACUUCCGUGCACGUACAAGUGCAGGCAUGAUGCAGCUGCUGAUCUAAUCCAUAUAUAUGCUUAUACAAAAUGCUUCUUUAGAGUCCGAGAGUACAAGAGUGUAACUUCUCCUCCUGUCUACAUUAGUCCUCUAGACUUGGGGCCCAAGUACUCCGGUAUGUUGGGUUCUGGUCCCAAAGAGUAUUGUAAAAGGUAUGGUGAAAACUAUUGUUUGGGGCAGCUUCUUAAUUGGCACAGCCAGAAUGAUGCCACUCCUGAUGCCUUUCUAAUCAAGGCAAGAAGGGGUUGCUUGUCCUUGCCCAGCAUUUCGUCAUUUUAUGCGAAGGCUCAGAAGCCUUCAAAGCAACGGAUUUACGGUCCUAGACCUGUCAGAUUCAUGUUAUCUAGAAUGGAGAGGCAGCCCCAAAGAGCAUGGCCAAACGAUAUGAUAUGGUCUUUUGACAGCAACUCACAAGUGUUUGGAAGCCCGAUGCUUGAUUCAAUCAUUAAUAAGAGUUUGUUGGACAGGGAAAUGCUGCAAUGGUUACGAAAUAGGCCUUCCAUAUUCAGUGCCAUGUGGGAUCGGUAGCAGACCUUUUCUGUCCUUUAACCCCGGAUUCUUAGGCAGUAUACUGGGCAUUAUUAAUUAUCCACCACUACCACCAUUUGUUUCGGAAAUGAUUAUUCUGCUGAUUUUUUGUUUCACAGCUACCCCUUCUCAAAAUAUGGGCUGGGAAGCUGGUAAUCAUUUCUGAACAUUUCCUUGUAGAAGUAGCUGUUCAUCAAUUCUUCUGUACAGUUUUUUCUUUAGUUUCUCAUCAUCCUUGUGUAAUUUGUAUUCAUAUCGCAUAAAGUAAAGCAUUUGUAAUUUUCCUGCAAUAUCAAGAAAAAAAAAGCUUCUGGUUUUUUCCCCC